ACCAGCUGACCUGGACUUGGCCACCGCCCUGUCCUCCCUCACAGCCGUCCCCUCAUCCUGGCUGACUAGGAAGAUGUUUCCCUUCAAGGUGAGCAAAUGGAGGGGGCUUGCUUGCUUCCGGUCACUGGUGGUCUCCUCCUCCAACAUGCGCCAGAAGAAACUAGUCCACAAGCUACAGGAGGAAAAGGCUUUUCGGGGAGAGAUGAAAAUUUUCCAUGAGAAAAUAGAAGACUUCAGGGAAGAGAUGUGGAAUUUCCGAGGCAAGAUCCGUGCUUUACGGGGCCAGAUCUUGGGUUUCGGGGAAGAGAAGAGACCUUUCUGGGAAGAAGAGAAAACUUUCUGGAAAGAGGAAAAAAACUUUUGGGAAAUUGAAAAAAUUUUCCGGGAAGAAGAGAAAACUUUUUGGAAAAAAUACCGUACCUUCUGGAAGGAAGAUAAGGCCUUCUGGAAAGAGGACAAUGCCUUAUGGGAAAGAGACCAGAACCUUCUUCAGGAGGACAGGGCCCUGUGGGAGGAAGAAAAGGCCCUGUGGGUAGAGGAAAGAGCCCUCCUUGAGGAGGAGAAGUCCCUGUGGGAGGAUAAAAAGUCCCUCUGGGAGGAAGAGAAUGCACUCUGGAAGGAACAGAGAGCGUUCUGGAUAGAAGGUGGCCACCAUAUUGCUCGGCAGCAGAUGCCUGAAGCUAGGCCCUACGACGUCAAUGGAGGGCAGCGAUCGCCAGCCUCCUUCCGAGGCAGGGCGUAGUGAGCACGGGACAUGCAGGGCUGUGGGGUCCAGACUGGGCUGGACUGGGAGUCAAGUCCAGGGUGAUCCCCUGUGCUGUAGAAAACAUGCACUUCUUUGUUUCCUUGCUUUGGAAGAUCUAAUAAAGUCCUGAGGAGAGGUUUGGGCAACCAAAUCUUCAAGAAAGGCCAGCUGCA